AUGGCGGACGCGGUCAUCUCCCGCGUCGCUGCGACGGCCUCGUACGUCGCGCUGGGCUACCUGCUGCAGCGCGUCGGCGCGGUGAAGCGCGACGACGGCCGGGUGAUGCUCCGAUUCGUGGUGCAGGUGACCCUCCCCGCGCUGCUCCUGCACACGCUGACGCACAGCGGCCCUCUGUUCGGACCGGGCACCCCGCUCGUGUUUAUGAUCGCGGUACUUGCCAGCGCCAUAGUCGCGGGCGGGUCCUACCUCCUCUACAGACGCAGACCCAGCUACGAGCGCGGUUUACUCGUCGGAUGCGCCACGGGGGUCAACUUGGGCACCUUCGCGUACCCCUUCCUCGAGGCCGUCUUUGGACCCGAGGGGCUCAGGCUGGCGGCGCUGUACGACAUCCCCAACGCGUUGAUCGUCUUCGGCGUCGCGUCCGCCAUCUUCGCCACGGAGGAGCGCAACACGCGCAUGGAGGCGAAGGAACGCUCGGGGAAGCACGACGACGGUGGAGUUUACGAAGGCGAGUGGACCGGCAUGGACGCGCAGGGCAACCAAUACAAGCAGGGCGUCGGCGUCUACACGUACCCCAGCGGCGCCUCUUACGAGGGCCAGUGGAACAACAACGUCAAGGAGGGGUACGGCGUGUACAAGUGGGCGAAGGGUGGUAGCUACGCCGGCGAGUGGAAGCGCGGCACGUUCAACGGCUUGGGCCUCAGGUUUCUGAGAAGCGGCAAGUUCAAGUCGGGGCGGUUCGAGGAGGGCGAGUUCGUCGAGGCCAUGGACAUGGAGAAGAGCGACGGGGCCGCGAGCAAGGCAGCGGACGCCGCGAAGGAGGCGAGGAAGGCUGCGGAGAAGAGCAGGGGCGUCCAAGAGACGAACGCUCAAGCCGCGGCGAGGAUAAUCGCCAAGACGCUCACCUUCCCGCCGAUGGUGGCUCUGAUUCUAGCCGCCGUCGCCACGUCAGGCGGCGCGGGGGCGACCGCUCCGGGGGUCUCCGCCCUUCCCGAGGCCAUCGCGUCGCUCAUAGCGCCGCUCGCCGCCGCGAACAGGCCGCUGGUGCUCGUCACCCUCGGCGUCCUCUUCCAGCCGCUGCUCCCCCGUCUUCAGAUGCGAGUGGUUGCCAAUUUUCUCGCGACCAAGUACUCGCUCUCGCUCGUCGCGGCGGCGGCUGCGACAGCCUUCGUUCCCCCCUCGUUCGGCGCGAUUCGGUUCAUCCUCGCCGCGAUCGUGCUCAUGCCCGUGCCCUCGGUGUGCGUGCAAUACGCGUCGGAGCACGACGCGGACGCGGUUUUGGCCGGGUGCCUGGCAAACUACUCGCAAGUCGCGAGUCUUGUUUUCCUCUGCGCCCUCGGCGCCUUCUCCGCGUCGCCCGAUCCGAGCGCUGCGAGGUGGCUGAUGCCCGCGUGCCUGCUUGGCGCCGCUGGUGCCGUCGCCGGGCUCGGGUUUCUCGCCGACAGGGCCCUGGCGCCGGUCAAGAUGGUGUUCAGGGGGAAGGUGCCGGGCGGAUCCAGGGAACAAGCCGCGGAGCUGACGAAGAAGCUGAAAAAGAUUGAGAUUUCCAAGCCCGAGCCCGGGGAGGAGGGGAACAGCGGCGCGGGUCCCACGGUGGCGAGCGCCGCCGGCGUCGGGAGGCGCGCAUCCGCCGCCGAUGGACGCGGUGGAUGGACGGGUCGCAUCGCGCGUCACGGGAGGGGGGGCGAGGGGUGGCGGGGAACUGGCGGGUGGUGGGCGGCGCCGCGGCGGAACCGGGGGGCGAGGCUCGCUCCGCGCGCGACGGCGUCGGCGGGGGCGAGGGGCGCGCCGCCAAACAGAGGGGCGGUCGUCCCGCGCCCGGCGUUGGCGUACGCGUGA